UCAAAUUUCAGUUAUUCCCUUCGCUCUCUGCUUUACGGGACCCUAAGGCAAAAAUAAAAUCGGAUUUUUUUUUUCUAGACUAUUGUAACGUUAUAAGAGAUAUUGAAAUAGGAGGAUCCUUUAAUUUUUUUAAGACCUAAUCACCUAAAGCGGCUGAUCUCCGGCUUUAGCUUAGCCGGCUCCCAUAAUUAGAUGAGUGGCGGAAGUGGCAGGGAGGUAGAGCGGAGGAUCCUCCGCCUCCUCCAUGGCCGCAAAACCCGAAUCCAACUCACCCAAAUCCACGCCCACUUCCUCCGCCACCACCUCCACCAAUCCAACCAAAUCCUCGCCCACUUCGUCUCCGUCUGCGCCUCGCUCAACCAAACCCCUUACGCUCGCCUCAUCUUCGACCAAACCCACUACCCCAACAUCGUCCUCUUCAACUCCAUCAUCAAAGCCUCUUCCCUCUCCAAACCCUUCGAGUACUCUCUCCAUUUCUUUACAGCCAUGAAACGGCGCGGGAUUUGGCCCGACGAGUUCACUUUCGCGCCUCUGCUUAAAUCUUGUGCUAAUCUUGUUGAUUUGAGAAUGGGUCGGGGAGUUCAUUCCGGGGUUGUACGUCUUGGGUUUGAGAGGUUUAGGUCAAUCAGGAUUGGGAUCGUUGAGUUGUAUGCAUCUUGUGGGAAGAUGGUGGAGGCCCAGAAGGUGUUCGAUGAAAUGCUUCAAAGGGAUGUGAUUGUUUGGAAUUUGAUGAUUAGCGGGUUUUGCAAAAUGGGUAAUGUUGAAAUGGGAUUGUGUUUGUUUAAGCAAAUGAGCGAGCGGAGUGUUGUAUCUUGGAAUUUAAUGAUCUCUAGUUUAGCACGAAGUGAUAAAGAUAGUGAAGCUUUGGAGGUUUUCCGCGAUAUGCAAGAUAAUGGUUUUAAACCGGAUGAAGCGACUGUAGUCUCCAUGCUUCCAAUUUGUGCUCGGUUGGGGGAAGUUGAUCUUGGGCAGUGGAUCCACUCUUAUGCAGGGUCAUGUGGAUUGUUUAAAGAUUUCAUCUCUGUUGGAAAUUCACUAGUUGACUUCUAUUGCAAAUGUGGGAUGUUGGAAAAAGCUUCCACUGUUUUCAGGGACAUGCCCCGAAAAAACGUAGUUUCAUGGAAUGUGAUGAUCUCCGGUAUGGCUUUCAACGGAAAUGGUGAGCUUGGGGUUGAUUUAUUUGAGGAGAUGAUAUCUGAAGGUGUGAACCCAGAUGGUGCCACUUUUGUGGGAGUUUUAGCAUGUUGUGCGCAUGCAGGGUUGUUGGAAAGAGGCUGGGAUUUGUUUCGUUCGAUGAGUUUAAAGCAUCAUAUUGAACCAAAACUCGAACAUUAUGGAUCCAUGGUCGAUAUCCUCGGGCGUAUUGGACGUUUGAGUGAAGCUCGUGAUUUAAUUCGUUGUCUGCCUAUGAAGCCAAAUGCUGCUAUAUGGGGUGCAUUGCUUAGUGCUUGUCGUACUUACGGAGACACGGAGCUCGCAGAGUGUGCUGUGAAUGAGCUUAUUAAUCUUGAACCGUGGAAUUCUGGUAACUAUGUGUUGCUGUCAAAUAUUUAUGCGGAAAGAGGGGAAUGGGACGAAGUCGAGAAAGUGAGAGUGUUGAUGUGGGGAAAUUGCAUUAACAAAGCACCAGGACAGAGCAUGGUUGGAUAAUUCUGGCAGUGUUUGGUCUAAUCAACUAAAGUCUAAACGCUUGAACUUCGCGAGUAGUUCGUUUUAAAUCAUGCCCAUUUAUGGUGAACCAGAACACCACCAGUUUUUGCCAAAACUGGGAAUGUAACCGGAAUAGAAAAGCGUAAACGAUUUCCGAUUUUGUAGUUGCUCGAAGUUCUUCCGGUGAAGUUCCUUUUCUGUAAGGAGUUGAAGGAUAUGCGAGAGAGAUGAAUCAAGCAGACAUUCCAAACCAUUCCAGUAGCUUCCAAGAUAAUUCGAAUGAUACUAUAUCCUUAUUCCCAGGUGCUUGAAGGGAAGGAGAAGCCUCUAAAAACCUUCCCUGAAGAACAGACCCGAAGAUGUUUUUACUAGGCCACUUUGAUUCAAAUGUACUGUUACUUUUGCAACACUUAAUCGUUUUCUAGUUGCCAGAGGCAGAGCGAUUUCCAAUUUCCAAGUUUAGAGGGUUUAUUGAUAUCGCCAUUCCAAAAGCUUUGAAUACAGAAUGAUUCAAUGAUAUGACAUGAUUGAAUCCUUUA